AUGAGCAACAACUCGAUAAGCUAUAUGAGUACGGGCAUCGCGGAUAUCACGCCCAAUUACAGCAUUAUUCCAAAUACACCGUGCUAUCCGUUCUACUACACCAAUUCGGAUCAGAUAUUUACAGCUUUAUCUGAUAAGUAUACUUCAAUUAUUGCACCUGUUAUCGGCUAUUGGGUUUUCUCUCUAUUCUUCCAUUUCCUUGAUCAGCUCCCUUCACUCGACAAGUACAGGAUACAUCCGCCUUCCGAGCUCGUAUCCAAGAACAAGGUAUCCGUCAGCCAGGUUAUAAAAGCUGUGAUCAUCCAACAAGUCGUACAAACAGCUUUGGGCGUCUUAGUUUUGGAUAACGUGGAUGAAUUUAUGUCAGAUAACCAACACUUGCACGCUAUGGCUACUUACAGUGGAUAUAUCACCUUUUUCUUGAAUCUCGCUUUGGGUCCUUCCUUAACGUCUUCUGUUUUUGCACAUUUCGGCGCGAGUAUAACGUCGUUCACUUACUGGUGGUUUGUACCUGCCAUUCAGUUCGCAUGGGCUUGUUUCAUCAUGGACACACACCAAUAUUUCCUUCACCGUCUCUUCCACAUGAACAAAUUCUUAUACAGGCAUAUUCACUCGGUGCAUCACAGGCUAUAUGUUCCAUAUGCGUUCGGAGCAUUGUACAAUCACCCAAUCGAAGGUUUCUUACUAGAUACGUGCGGCGCGCUCCUUGCACAUGCUGCAAGUUUCAUGUCGACUAGACAGAGUAUAGUAAUGUUUGUGUUCUCGACAUACAAAACUUGCUCCGAUCACGCUGGCGCGCAGUAUCCCUUCGAUCCUUUCAGAUACAUCUUCGCCAAUACCUCUGACUACCAUGACAUCCAUCACCAGCAUUUUGGCCUCAAGUACAACUUCUCGCAGCCCUUCUUCGUCCACUGGGACGAUGUGUUCGGAACGCGUCUGAACAGAUCUGAUGUGAAGAGCAGCAACAAAGCAGACAAGUUGAAAAACAAAGCGGAGUAG